AUGAAGCUCGUGAGGUUUUUGAUGAAACUCAAUAAUGAGAGCGUAACGAUCGAGCUCAAAAAUGGCACCGUCAUUCAUGGCACCGUCACAGGUGUGGAUGUGCAAAUGAAUACGCACUUGAAAGCGGUCAAAAUGACUGUGCGCGGUGGCGAGCCAAUUUCUCUUGAUACACUGUCGAUUCGUGGCAACAAUACGCGAUACUGGAUUUUGCCCGAUGCACUGCCGCUCGAUACAUUGCUCGUGGAUGACGCGCCGCGUCCAAAGGGGAAACGAAAAGAUGAGGCGCUGCGUGGGCGUGCAGACCGUGGGCGUGGUGGCCGUGGGCGUGGUGGUCGUGGACGCGGCGGACGUGGCCGGCCGUAA